AUGACCAUAAAUAGUUCUAAAAUUGCCUUAGUCCUCAUGUCACUAUUUUGGUGCUGCCUGGGUGAAGCAGUAGAAGCCGGUGAUGCAAUCGCUCUCUUGUUAGGUGUGGUUCUCAGCGUUACAGACAUUCUUGCUUGCUUGGGUGUAUAUGCACGAAAGAGAAAUGGACAGAUGUGA